AAAGCUACAUUUUGUGAAGUAUGCACACAAGUUUCACCUCCAUCAUGUACAUGUCAGGAGCUGACCUUUUCUAAAUUUCAAGAGUCUAGAUGGCUUAAGAGAGAGUAAAAACAUCUGAAAAGGUUAGCAGGAGGUCACACAUUUGCAUGUGAAUCAGUGUUGACAAAGUGAAUUCAUGAGAAAGUAUCAGAGUUGUAGUGUUGUACUUCCUGUUUCUUCCAGUACAGUACAGUGAGGGAUGCGCGUUGCAUUGUGGGCAUAAAAAUAGAAGACAGAAAAGGCAGCUGGGAGCACAAAGGACUUAAAAAAACGACACUUCGGAAACUUAGAAUGCCAGCGAGCGAGUUGUGAAUUCAUGCGAGGGUUACUUAGUGACUGCGUGCUUUGGCGGGUGGCAGCGUAACAACUGCCUGAGCAGCGUGAGGAGGAAUGUGAGUGAGCGGUGCGGAGCAGCAGGGCGCACCGCUGUCUCCAACCGUCGCUGCCUUUUUGUCAGCUGAGCUGUUCGCAUCCAGAGGCCCGGUCGUGACCGCAGGCCUAACCCAGCAAGGAACCAUUUCCUGGACAAAGUCAAGAGGUGACUCCAACAUGGGAGUCAAAACCUUCACCCACAGUUCGACCUCCCACAGCCAGGAGAUGCUGGAGAAGCUGAAUGACCUACGCAAUCAGGGUCACUUAUGUGAUGUCACCAUACGUGUCCAAGACAAGCUUUUCUUGGCCCACAAAGUGGUCCUCGCCUGCUGCAGUGAAUUCUUCCGCUCCAAACUGGUGGGCCGGCCGGAGGAGGAGGACAAGUUUGUAUUGGACCUUCAUCAUGUGACUGUUAGUGGCUUCUCUCCUCUUUUGGAAUAUGCGUACACAUCGACCCUCUCCAUCAGCACGGAAAAUAUCAUAGACGUCCUGGCAGCAGCAAGUUAUAUGCAAAUGUUUGCUGUGGCAAGCACAUGCUCAGAGUUUAUGAAGUCAAGUAUUCUGUGGAGUCCGGGUAACAACAACAACAACAACAACUUGACGGCAGACAAACCACAUGAGUCAGCACAAGAGAGUGCCUCAUCACACUGUGCCCUUACGCACUUAGACGGCAGUGUGUCGCCCGUGUCGUCCGACUGCAGCGUGAUGGAGAGAAACGUUCCCAUAUGCCGCGAAUCACGACGGAAGCGCAAGAGCUUUGUAACUAUGGCAUCACCGGAGAGUCCACUCAAAUGCACCACACAGGUCGUCACCACCUCGCCUCAGAUCCCCAAUCCGUCCCCUUCAUUCUCAGACAGCACAGCCCAGCCAGUAGAGUCCUCCCUGGCCUUCCCAUGGACUUUUCCAUUCGGCAUUGACCGGCGGUUCCAUCCAGACAAAUCAAAGCUGGUGGAGAGUCCUCGGUGUAUAGAACAGGGCACUUCAGGAGCCUCAGAGGUGGUGGUUGGCCGGCGUCUCAGUGACUUCCUGACAUGUGAGAGCUCUAAGGCUGUGUCGUCACCAGUGCCAGCAGAAGAGGAAGAUGUGAGGGUGAAAGUGGAGCGCCUCAGUGAUGAGGAGGCCCAAGAGGCAACUUCUCAGCCAGUAAGUGCCUCCCAGAGCUCACUGAGUGACCAGCAGACAGUGCCAGGGAGUGAUCAGGUGCAAGAGGAGCUCCUCAUCAGUCCACAGUCUUCCUCUAUAGGGUCGAUGGAUGAAGGAGUGUCUGAGGGAUUGCCAUCAAUGCAGAGCACCUCUAAUGCUGGAGGACAUGUAGAGGAUGAUGAAAGGUAUCAUGAUUUGUUGCAACUUGCAGCAAGGUUGGAAGGUAUUCAGUAUCCAUAUCACCUCUAUAUCAGCCCUUCAGCCCGACCUGGAACCAACGGCCCUGACCGGCCCUUUCAGUGUCCAACCUGCGGAGUCCGAUUCACACGCAUUCAAAAUCUCAAGCAGCACAUGCUCAUACACUCCGGCAUUAAGCCUUUCCAGUGUGACCGCUGUGGGAAAAAGUUCACACGGGCCUACUCCCUAAAGAUGCAUCGGCUGAAGCACGAAGGUAAACGCUGUUUCCGGUGCCAGAUUUGUAGCGCCACAUUCACGUCCUUCGGUGAAUAUAAGCACCACAUGAGGGUCUCCCGACACAUAAUCCGCAAGCCGCGGAUUUAUGAGUGCAAAACGUGCGGCGCCAUGUUCACCAACUCUGGCAAUUUAAUUGUACACCUGAGGAGUCUGAACCAUGAGGCAUCCGAACUAGCAAACUACUUCCAGAGCAGUGAUUUCCUCGUGCCCGACUACCUGAGCCAGGUGCAGGAGGAGGAGGAGGUGCUGGGAGUCCAGUAUGAGCUGGAGGAGUCCCAGCAUCACCCAGUCUACCCAGGCAGCACCUCCACCUCCAGCACCACCGCCGCCUCGUCCUCCUCCUCAGUCCAGACGCCCGUCAUCUCCCAGGUCUCCUCCUCCACCCAGAAUUGUGAGAGUUCCUCCGGCUUCCUGUCACCUGAGCCUCUGGAAGCCCCAGCCUCCCUCAAGAUGGAUGCUGAUGGGACAGCAGCAGUUAGGGAGGAGACCAAGAUGGACAAUAGUGCAGAUGGCAGUUCCCAAGGGGCUUUUGAAGAAGAGCAGCAGCAGCAGCAGCAGCAGCAGCAGCAACAGCAGCAUCAUGCCCAGGCCAAGGAGCUGGUUUCUAUCACCAUCGAAUGAUUCAAGUCUCGCACUUGCUCAUCAUGUCUUAUUUCGCAGCCAUGUCAUAUGGGGAAUAUCUGUUGGGAGUGCCAUGAUGGCUUACAGCGACGAGUCAGACACACGUUGAAGCGUGAACAUAUGGAGCCAUCUGGACGCCAUGACUUAAGUUACCUGAAAACUUCAGUUGCCUUAGUGUUGCUUUCCACAUGCAACUCAGAUGCACUUAUUUGACCUAAUGUUUUAUUCCAAACCAAAUCCAGCAAAGGAAAACAUUAUUUCAUUAUUGCUGUGCCAAUAUGAUUCCUGAUUGGUGACGUGAGAUUUCAGUAGAUUAUAGACCCUGUCUUUAGUCCAUCCCCAAAUUGGAAUUUCAAAGUAAUGAGCAGCUUUUCGGAAGGUCAUUUUUUUUCCCAUAUGACGUGAAUGCAGUGCUAGCUUAAGUCAUUUCUGUCUUAGCCAGUUUGAGGUCUGUUAAAUCCAAGCCUUGCUCUAUUUUUGGAAAGUGCCUGAGUUCCCAUGUGUAACCCGUAGAGGAAGAAGAGCUCUCGUCUUUGCCAACGGCGACAAAUCAAGUCUGCAAACUGAGCUAAAGGAGAAAAAAAAACCUACUUGUAUUUUAUUUGUAGUUUGUACGGGCAGAGACUCUGUUAUUCCUUCAGUGCCGUUGCUAUAGGCAAACUGUUCAAUGUCAACAUUAUCUAUAUUGCAAUAGCUUGUACUGUAGUUUUACUAUUUGAAUGCUGUGUAAGUUCGGUGUUGUGAAAUACGUCAGGUGUGUGUAUGUGCAUUUUUUAAUCAGUAUCAAGACAAAAACAUUUCAUUUUUAAAUGUUUCAAACUUGAAAUUGUAUUGACAGAGUAUUCCCUUUUAGAUGUUUGUGCAGUAUAAUUUUUCUGACCUAUUACGUUUUUUUUUUAAUGAACACUGUUUAAAUCAAACUAAAAAAAACUUAGAUCAGCACUGAUGCAUUUUGUUUCUUAAUAACUUUAAAAGAUCUGACCAAAUUUGAUGUAAAACAUCAUUAUUCAUUUGACUUUUCAAGGUUUUUUCAUAUCUACAGUUGUUGUAGCCACAGAUGGGUUCUAAAAAUGUAGCAUUUCAGCCUAGUUUGAACGUAGGCCUGCUUGUCAAAUUUCAAUGUCAAACACACUUUGUUGUUGUUAUUUGUGAUAUCCAAUAAGAGUCUGGUUGUCCUGGUUAACCAAGGUACACUGCUGAUGCUCUGAGGCGCUGCAUGACUGUUGAAGUGAUUUAGGUACAUCACAAUUGUCUUGGUCUUAAACAAUUUAUUUUUGUGAUUACUCGAGAUUAGUAUCAAUAUCAUUUUGUCCCAAAAGUGUGUAUUUUUAACUACCAGCAUUUCCUCAUGCUAUGUUUUCAUAAACGGAAAACGCUACUCUGAGGAAAUCUCCCUGACUAAAACGAUUAGAAGUGACUGUUCUGCUGACAGGGAAGCAGGAAGGGGAUACUGUACACAUAGAAUGUGAUGACUUUUUUUCGGAUGACAAAGACGUUGUGUUUUGUUUUGUUAUAGUAUUUCUUUGGAAGUAACAGUAGCGCGCUCGUAUGUGAAUGCAAAUACUGUGAGACGUAUCAUUAUAAAUGACACAUUUAAAUAUGCUGUGUAAGCAAAGGUCUUAUCCAUCACCCGUAGCUGUUGAUGUUACUAAUUUAAUUUCCUUUUUUAGGUCAAACCUCCAACUCCCUGUUACCAGUGUUGUUUCUGUGUUGUGUUCUGUACUUGGACAUGCUUGUGCCUGUAUCUUGAGAGGAUAAUGAUACUCGUGGUGAUGAUCCAUGAGUUGAAUGCUACUGACUGUGAAUGGAUGAAAUCUUUUAUUUUCUGUUGUCCCCUGAGAGAAGAACCAAUGGCUCAAAUUUAGGAUUCUCGCAGCAGAAUGUAUGCCCUCACAUCGAGGGUUGAUUGUAAAUGUAACGAUGGAUAUUGCUGUGAGAAGGACAUCAAUGUGACACAAGAGCUAUCGUAAUAAGAGCUCGUGUUACCCUGUGCCAUCCUGUCAGUCACUUUUUCAAAGUUGUGCCAUUUGCCCCUUUUCUAUGUGGGCACAUAUCAAGCUUUUUUCUUACAGGACCAAAUGUCCUCUAUCUCAUUGGGGAUUUGCCAUGGCAAUCAAAAACUGCACAGAAUAAAAUCAAGAGAUAAUCAUUUCGAGUGGUCCACGCUAUUUAGCAAAGGGGUCCUGCUGUUCCGGCCCUGAAAACACUGUAUGAUGUUGUGCUUUUAAGAGGCUAGCCUUAGUAAAUGGACCUAUAAACUCAAGUUGCACAAUUUCACAAUUUUGAAAAAAAAAAAGAAAAAAGAAAGGUUUUCUAUUCUCCAUUUGUACGUCAUGCUUCUUUUGUCAUCUGUUGCUUUGAGUGUCUGUAUUCAAACGUUUUUAUAAUGAAAUGCUGCUGUUUGUCGAAAUGCAAAGUGCCCAAAAUAUUUUUGUGAACCAAUGGUGUGCAAUAAAUGGACAGGUGGUGUUUUAAA